UCGCAACAUACCCAUGCAGUAUAUCGAUAACUGCAUCGAUAGUUUGCCCAAUAGGAGGCUCAAGCGCAGCCAACUUAAUAAAGCUCCCAUUUUGCCCGUUUACAAAUUGGAAAAUUUGGGAAUUUAUAGGGUAGAAUUUCAAUACCCUGGCGAUUUGGCCAUGACUUCGAAGCCGGAGAAGUGUCCUACGGACAAUAACAACAACAGCGAUUCGGAUAGUUUGUACUAUGAGGUAGAGGAGAGCUUUCCAUUUGCGCGGCACAGUCGACCGCUGCUAGUGGCGAAUUGCUCAGAGUACGCGGUGGCCCACUCGAAUGUGCGCCUAAAGCCGGCGCGUCACCUGAACGAAGUGUCCUUUCUGCCACACAUCCUGAUUGCCAUGCGCCGCCUGAGAUUUACGCAGCUGCUCCGACUGCAAAGCUACGCCUGGCCCCACCUCGGCCAGGGUGAGGGCCAUGGCGCUGUUAUUGUGAGUGCACCGCGCAGUGGACGCACCCUGAGCUAUGUGCCGCCAUUGUGCCAGGUGGUGUGCACAACCUUGACGGAGCAGCGCUGUCGCAUGCAGCGCUGCUGGCAGCUGCAGGGCCCCAUUGCCUUGGUACUGGUCGCAGAUUUGGAUCGCGUGCAGCAAACUGGCAGCCUGUGCAAUGCAAUGCUGCGCAAGGCCAAGAACGAGGAGUGGCUGACGUUGGUGCUGACGGUGCCCUCGGCCCGCACACCGGAACUCUUUCUGCGGCUGCUCAACGGCGUCGGCUGCCUGGUGGCCACGCCGGCGCAGUUCUUAUGGCUAUGCAGGAAUGGCGUCAAGUUGCCUUCUUUGCGCUUUGUGGCCUACGACGAUGUGGACUUGAUGCCGGCAGAUCAGCUGCAAGAGGCGCAUCAACAGCUGCUGCUGCUGACCAGGCAACAACGCCCCCAGCUGGUCAUCAACACGCAAUCGUAUGAACCGAAGCUGCUGCACAUGCUGCGCGAGUUUAAUUCACACCCCAUGGUCCUGUUUGGCGAUGUGCUGGAGGCGGCUGUCUAUGGGGGCACACGGAUGCGCAUCUCACUGUUGCGGCGGGCCGCCAAGUCUGAGGAGUUGUUGCGUGUGCUGCACGAGCGUCCGCCGCAUUUGCGUCGCACUGUCAUCAAUUGUCACACGGAUGCGGACAUAUGCGAGCUGGUGCAGACACUGAAAGCGCAUGGGUAUGGUUGCUUGCCCUAUUACCAGACGGCUGACUUGGCUGUGCGGGAACAGGUGCAUCGCUGGAUGCAGGACAGUCGCGGCGAGCUGUUGCUCUGCACCGAUCACUGCCCGGAGCUGGAUAUACGACAUGCGCACACGCUGCUGCACUACAGCAUGAGCGCUAACUGGAGCCUGUUCAAGCUGCGUCAUCUGGCGCUGGCGGACAAUUUGCGCAAUAGAUUGGCACUCACGCAGCCAGGCGAGCAAUCGGAGUCAGAUACGCUACUCUCGCUGGUGCUGCUCGACGAGAGCAACCACAAGCAGCUGCCGCGUCUGGUGGACUUUCUGCAAAUGCAUCAGCAUGUGGACGAGCGCAUCGUGCAGCUUGCGCGUUACAUACGCGCGCAGCUAGAGCGCGCCAAGUGCAAUGAGCCGGCAUUGUGUGAUCUGCUGCUCAGCCUGGGCAACUGUGUGGGCGCCCAGUGCGAGCAGCGUCAUCAGCUGCUGCCACAGGAUCGCCAGCUGGCCGUGCCGCUGCCCGCUGGCGGCGAUGUCAAGCUCCAGUUGAUACGCGUCUAUACGCCGGCGCAUUACUGUGUGCGCCUGUUGGAGCAUUUGCCGCUUGGCGGCAGCUGGCGAACGCUGCCGCGCGACGCAACGCUAGACCUGCAGCUUCAGCUGCUACAAUCGCAGAAGUGUGUGCGUCACUGGCCGCCGAAGGCCAAAGAAAUCUGCAUUUACCGCAAUUCCAAUGGUUACGAGCGUGUGCGCAUACUUCGCGUGGCGCACAUUGCUCAUGUGAAUCUCUCGCGCACGGAUGUGGAUGUCGAAGUGCAGGCACUCGACGUGGACACGCGUCAGUUUAAGACCACCAGCGGCCAGUUAUACAUAUGCCCGGGGCAGCUGCGUGAGGCGCCGCCGCUAGCCAUGGACCUGCGCAUUCUGGGCCUGGUGCCGCACACAGGCGAACGCAGCUGGCACGAACAGGAUGGCCAGCAAUGUGCGGCGUGGUUAAAUGCUGUGCCGCAGCCCAAUUUCUUGCAGGCACGCAUUGUGCUGGCGCUGUCGCACACGCUCUUCGUUCAGGAUUUGGCCUUGACGAGCUAUGCGCCCAGUCUAAAGAUGCAUGUGCGUCGCCUAACCAUGUGCCAGCAGCUUUUGCGCAAGCAAUUGGCCAAAAAAUGCGAACAGGUCGUAGCAAAACAAUUGCAAUUCUUGGAACAGGACAGCAACCAGGCCAUGAUAGAGCCUCAAGUGGCUCAGCCACGGGAAAUGCCAAAGCUACUGACAGCCACGCCGCUUGCCAGCAGUUGCGGCAUCCUUGCCAAAAUGGCCAUGCAGCUGGGUAAGCAGAAUAGAAUUCGUUUGGAGCGUGAGAAAAAGCAACAAGAGGAGCAGCAGCAGCUUACGGAAAGAAAAAAGACCGAACAGGAACUGCAGCAGCCGGCUGAAAGCGUAGAAGCUUUAUACAAAUGCCUAAUAAACUGCACGCUCAUGGAGUUGAAAGACAAGUGCUCACAGGAGAAGCCGCUGGCAGCUCUUGUUCUUCGGAACAAGCCCGAAGCCUUCCACAGUGACAUCAUGGAUCCGCAGUCGGAGCUGCCGCCAACUGCGUCAGCGACUGUGCAGCGCAGGAACAAACGAAAAUCGGUUGCGGUCAGUGAUAAAGUUCAUGAUAUACAGCUACACAUUCCGACGCGUGUUCUGCGUCCUGAGGUGCUGUACUAUCAAACGCGUUUCACGCUCGAACUGCAGAUUGUGCUGCCCGAAGAUAACUUGCCCUAUGAGGCACUGUUGCACAAUGGCUGUUGCAUUACCUUCUGGACACUGUGCACAAGCGCCACGCCCAUUUAUCAGUUUAUAUUGAACACACACUGCGCCUACCAGCAGCUUAGCCAUCACAGGCAGGGUCGCACCGUCUAUGUGAGCCUGCUCAAGUCUCUGGCUGUCACAUAUCCACUCGACUUUGGUUUCUACAAAUUCAUGAAACCGCAUCAUGAGAAACUGCAUCUUCUGGAAAAGGAGCGUCGUGCACGAAUUGCCAACUUUGAGGCGUAUUUGCUGCAUAAAGGCUAUAUUCCGGGCAGGGUGGCAAAGCGUUCGAACAGCUCAGACGAGUUGAGCAGCGACGAGCAGGCGGAUGAGAUGUCAUUCGACCCACGCACGGAGCGUGUAGAACGCGCUCGAGAUGACACUGAAUUCAAUUGCGAUUAGGUACGUGGCCAUGAAAUGCAUUUUUCUUUACCUUUUCGCUUGGGGGUAGAUUGAUAAGUUCGUUCUAGUUAGCGCCAAUAGAAAGUUGUCGGAAGUCUUCGGCAGCUCUAACGAGUUUAUAUUUGAAUUAUCUUUUUAAUUAUUGUGGACAUUUUUAGGGCAUUGUAGGACAUUUUCCCUAAAAUAACAUUUUUUAACAAGGAGCAAGGAAUAAAAUGUUUCCUUAAAUUAUUUUGAUAUACUAAUUAUGAUUAUUUUUUAUAUAAAUAAUUAAACGGGUUUUGAAGCGUAAAGGCUCACGAUCGGAACAGAUUUUUUGAGCAAAACUUAAGCUUAGGAAAUUUCGCAACAAGUAAUCGAAUCUAAAGCUGAAUCGAAACAUAUAUUUAAAUUAUUACGAAAAUAACACUAUUUAUCUGUCUGCAAAUAUAAAUUAUACUUAAAUCGAUAUAAAAAAAGCAACUAAAUCGUGAAAUUGGAAGUUGAAAAAAAAGUGAAACGAACCAAGGUUCUAUAAAGUGCCAAAGUGUUCGAAUCCUGAUUUUUUAGAAUAAC